CAAACACUAACAGCACAGCAAUCAAAACAUUCGAGCCGGUAGAAAAUCUUUGGACCUAGUGUUUCGAUUGAUAUCGCUUCUGUUACAAACUGCAGAUUAGUUUCUUGUUCAUAAAAACAAAUUGAAAAAUGAAUAGGAAAGAAGCUCUUGCUCAGUUUAUCCAACAGAUUCAUGGCAGACCUGUGGUCGUCAAGCUAAACAGCGGUGUGGAUUAUCGAGGAGUUUUGGCUUGCUUGGAUGGCUACCUGAACAUCGCCUUGGAACAGACGGAGGAGUACGUAAAUGGACAGCUGAAGAACAAGUACGGCGACGCCUUCAUCAGAGGCAACAAUGUUCUCUAUAUCAGCACCCAGAAGCGGAAAGUCUAGACUUAAUUUUACUUGAACUUUAAGCUUGAUUUGUGUACGUGCUCCUGCGGAUAAAAUCUUCUACUUGGUAAGCAAUCAAA